GAUAACUUGUAAGUUUUCCUAAGUCCCUAUAGUAUAUACCAAUGCCACGGACGACCGUACAUAGAAAUAUGCCGGUGGGUAUAAAAAACCCCUAUGCCCGGUCACGUUGCAGCUCGUUAAUGGAUUUAGGGUGAAAAGAUGAGAGUUUUUAAUAAACGUUCAUGUAAAAGUGAUGAAAUGUCUUGCCUAGAGAAGCCAGAGGAAGGAAAACCAAGGGUUUGACAAUAUCCGUCAUGCUUGUAUUUAUUUACAGAGAGGUGACGUAAUGGAAAGCAACGAUGUUACGCUUUGUGGGAUACUGGGGUUGAGGUCAUAUAAAGCCCAUACUUAACAUGCUUUGCUAUGGACAACCUGUAUACGCUUCAUUCUGUACGCUCAUUUCCUUCGAGGCGUGGAACAACAAGCAGCACCAUCGUCGAACAAAGCGUAUGCAAUGGGUGCGUCUUCAAAGGUUUUGCUUCUUUAUUAUGCAGGCUCAGCCUUAAUGCUUUUAAUGUUUGGGAUUUUGAAACUUUUGCACAAGGUCAGUUGGAUGGAAAGGCCAAUCGUACAAUUAUUUCGUAUGAUUGCGACCAUCGAUAUGCGUAAAGAGGACUACUGGGACGACCUGUUUGGAUGGAAAAUGUUCAAAACAAACCAAAGUUGUCUUUUUCGUCACCUUUCCAAAGAUGCCCAAGAAGGUAGGGCAGCUCCUAACCCUCCAGUGUUGUCAGUGGAUGGGACAAAAUAUUUCCAAAUGCUAGACUUUGCACGAGGUAGCAGGCCACUAGUGUUAAAUUUCGGCAGUUGCACAUGCCCCGUUUUCAUGGCAAGAUUGCGCGAGUUUGGUGAGAUCGUGGAGGAAUACAAAAGCGUCGCAGACUUUUUAACAAUUUAUAUCGAAGAAGCUCACCCUACCGACGAAUGGCGACUAAAAGGGAACUUCGAAAUCGUACAACAUCGCAAUCAGCAGGAGCGCUGUAACGCAGCCAGAACCUUACUCCAAAGUGGUCAUGUUCACUCCAACUCUUUACUGAUGGUGGAUACGAUGGAAAAUACUGCAAACAAAGCCUAUGGGGCACUACCAAUAAGACUUGCGGUCAUUCAAAGUGGUAAAGUGCAAUACGCAGGAGGACUAGGUCCAACUCUGUAUAAAACCACAGAUGUUAGAAACUGGCUUUUUCAGUACAGAAAAAGAUUAGCGGAUCGCAAAAGAGCCUGAGAGUGAACAAUCUUUAUAAUGAGACUAUUUUCCCACAUGUAUUCAUUUACGAAUUAAGUGAAGUGUUAACGAUAAUGUAACAGUAAUAAUCCCUGUACUAGAAGAUCUUUUGUACAUUGUAAAUAGGAUAUAAUAUACCACUAAAUAGUUGUACAUUAUUAUCGUAUUGUUAAUCCAUUUAGUAAAAGAUUUGAUUUGUUAAAGAUCGGUCACUAA